AUGUACGCCUUCGGUUUUUCUAGAGAUGCAGCAUCAGCAAGGGCACGUCGUCAAACAAUCGCAAAGGAAGCCAGAGAGGACAGAAGAUCAACGAUCGGGAAAGUGCACAAGUAUCUGUUCACAAACGUGUCUCAUUACUUAGGCAUUUCCAAUGAAGAGGUGGAAGAGUUCGUCCUAGACGAUGCACUCCAUAUGAAAACCUUGUCUAGAUUUCUGCAACAAGACGAACAUAUUAUUUUGUUUCAUCACCAAAAGACGAGGGAAUUAACAUUUGAAGAGUGUGGUCGAUCAUAUGCUCUGAUCGCCAAAGAUCGGAUUGCUACCCGCGUGCUGGUGUCUAGAGGGGAUGCACAGCCUACAGAGGGUAAAUGUGUCUUUUUCCUGAAGAAGAGUACAGUGGCACUAGAGGAGAGAAACGUAGCUGAGGAAUUAAUUUCUGGUUGCAUGCAAGUUACGCCCGACUGCUCAAUACUGCAGGCGGUAGCUAACUACGUCAACACGACCUUCCAUCCUACUCUCACACACCUGCAGAACUGGGGAGUCAUCAAAAGUAGCGUUGCCGACGCCGAUAAGUGCACCUACAGCGCCAUCUUUGUUGGCUUGGAUAGUUUUAUUCUGCAUCUUUCCUGGGCAGAGCAGCACGUGAAGAAUGCAGUGACCCUGGACUCACUGGACACGGAGAAGAUGCUGCACAUAGACGGAGUGGCCAACGCUGCCGACUUCGUCAACGCAGCUCAGAACAGAAACACCGUAGAGAUCAUGGAGGAGCUGGCAACACGCUGGUGCCAGCAGGUGGAGAUGAUCCUAACUGAAGCAGACCGGAUUCGGCGCGAGGCAGACGACACUGGGCCAAAGAAAGAAUUGGAAUUCUGGCUAGGCAUGAACGCCAGGUUCAGUUAUCUAGUUCAGCAGCUCCGAGACAAAAAAGCCCGUGCGGUGUUCCACGUCCUCCACCUGGAUAUGAAAGUUACUGACCACGCCAAUGAAGCGAGAGAUAAUGUUAAAUACUUGUAUACGUUAGAGAAGUACUGCGAGCCUUUGUAUAGAUGCCAGCCGGUAG